CAGACCAGACUUGUUGCUCUCCUGGAGGAUUUGUUUGCUCUCCCGCGGGUUCCGAAGAGCGCUGCGAGAUUAAAGUUGGUCGACUGAAACGAGCGGAGGAGCGCGUCGUCGGCGUGUCGGCGAGAUCCGCAGGCUUUCCGCCCGCGUCGGGGGAGAGAGAGGACGCGGAGGACGCGGAGGACGCGAGAGGGACUCGCGGAGCCGCGGCCGGCUCUGUCGCGCUCGUCCCGUCGGAAUGUAAAGAGAAACUUUGUGUCUAGUUUGGUGUUGAGUCGCGGCGCGUGUACGGCUCGCCUUCCGCGUCCGCGUGCACCAUGUAUGGAUAAAGAGGAGGCUGCGGGGGGGAAAGUAUGACGGGACGGUGGAUGUCCACACGGGAUCGAGUCCACGCCAGCGCACACCCUCGCAUACGGAACUAACGCACCCGACUCCCCCGCGACACCCAUGGAAGUCGUGUAGAGCCGUUCGCCAUCACUCCUAUGACCCCGAGUUCGAACCCGCAGCAGCAGCAGCAGCAGCAGCAGCAGCAGGAGCAGCAGCAGCCCCGCACCGAUGGCACCUUCUGACACUCUGACGCGGAGCCUCCGCACAUCCAUGUGGCCCGCCGGCUGCCUCCUGGCGCUGCUGGGCUGCUUGGCGGUGGCGUCCCCGUCCCACGGCCGGCGGCUCAUCUGCUGGCAGGCGAUCCUCAACUGCCAGGCGGAGUCCGAGUGCCAUUACGCGUACGGCCAGUACAUGCACGCCUGCAGCCCCAUCUUAAACGGCGAGAGGAGGAAGUGCCCCAGCCACUGCAUCUCCUCGCUCGUCCAGCUCAACCUGACCAAGAACGGCCCGGCGCUGGAGGACUGCAGCUGCGCCCAGGACCCGGUCUGCACGAGCACGAAGCGGGCCAUCGAGCCGUGCCUGCCCCGGACCAGCAGCACGGGCUGCACGGAGGCGCGCCGCCAGUGCGAGCGGGACCAGCAGUGCAGCUCGGCGAUGCGCGGCUACCUGGUGCACUGUGGCAAGCUGUUCAGCGGGGCCGUGUGCACCAACGCCUGCCGCAGCGUCAUCGCCGACAUGCGCAAGAUCCCCAAAGCGCUGCAGCUGGACACUUGCGUGUGCGACGGCACGGAGCGCGCCAUCUGCGAGUUCGUCAAGACCAGCAUGAAGAACCUCUGCUUCGACUCCCCCGUGCAGGACGACGGCAGCGGGCUGGAGGACUACGAGGAGGACGACGAGGAUUUGGUGCGCGACCCCGCGACGGACGAACUCAGCCGGGGCUCCUCCGUCGCUGCCGCCCACGGCCUUCUGACCCCGCUGGCAUCCAUUUUGGCUCUAUGGGCUCUCCUCUAAUCCCCCACCCCUCGAGUUCAUAAUCUGCCCCAAAACUAUUGUUGGGAUCAAAAGCAAUCUAAACUUUGUGUCAGUCCGUGACCUCCUGCCAUUGUGAUGGAGCUCCGGGGGUGGGGGGGGGUGGGGGUCCUGGCGCAGGCCUGCUUUGUUUGAAUUGAGACUUUAUUUUCUCCAGUUCCGAAGGCCAUCAUCGCCUCACCCCGGGAUUUACUAUGCAAAUUCAACUCUGGACUUCAUAUCGCUGCACUACAGAAGGAGCUGCACCCUACCCCACCCUACCCCACCACACCACACCACACCCCACCACACCCCACCCCACCACACGGUCCUCUCCGCACCCUCGCCUGGCCAGCCGGGUCAGACGGGCCCCUCCUCAGGUGGCGGCGGCCUGGUGUGGCUGGGCCGGCCGGACGGACGAGGUGGUGCAGGGUGGUGUGCCAGGACACCACGUCGCAGUGGACUUGCUCUCGGACGUGUGUAAUCGGUAGACGCUGUGCACUGCCCAUCUUCUGAGAGAUACCACAUAGUUUUCUACGAGCGGCAGCAGCUGCCGGGGCCCCCGGCGGCAGCUGCGGGGCCCCCGGCGGCGGCGGCGGGGGCAGCUGCGGCUCCGCUCUCGCGAGUGUUUCAGGCCGGGAGGUGUACGUACGUAUGGACUUGUACAUAAACAGGAGGUAAACGAAACAGUAAUUUAUUACACGCUCUCCGGCCACGUGCACCCAGACGUCCGUGUGAAUAAGGAAAGUAGGAAUUCCAGCUUUAAAGGGAACGUAUAUGUGUAUUUUCUCUCAACACAGUAUGUACAUUGUGUAUAUGUGUAUAGCCUAUAGAUUUUUUUCAGAGAAACCUUUACGUGUGGGGCUAUGAGGAGGGUCAUCACUGUGUAGCCUGGACAAAGAAACGUCUGAAUCCACUGUACGAUGCGAUGCCUCCAUGCUAUUCCUUUAUAGAGGGCAUAAAGACACUUGAUAUCAA